UAAGGAUAUUACGUAGCUAGAAGAAUUAUAUCGCCUUCAAGUUCCGGAAUUCAGAGGUAAAGGACAACCGACUUGUACUGGGCCCUAAAUAUCAGUUUGCCUUUGCCGUCUGACGUAACAGCAAAUGUUUGUGUUCAAUUGAAUGACAAUUAAGUUUGGGUUCCGCGAAACAAAAGGGAAUUUUGCACGUCAUUAGAGUGCAGAAAGUUGACCGUCAACAGAUGUGACGGAGGGCUAGAGAACUUUCGCUUUUAUUUUGGUUUACUUUGUCACAAUACUUUGUUUCAUCUCCCAAGUCAACGGCGUACCAACUACCGGCCGCUUACUGCCAUGGCUUUUUCUCCUUGUGAAGGAUACUACAAUACCGGAGAUCAGAGCAGGUUCGAGAAUAUGAUGAAAUUGUUGCUGUUCUUAGAGGCAGAACUUCAACUCAAAGAGGAGAUCAUUGAAUUGUUGCUGGAGGACAAACGAAAUCAGGAUAUUCUCAAUGAAAAAUUAACUCUGCUAAACCGGAAAGAGCAGCACGACCCCGUCUUAGCCCUGGGGCGAGAUAACGUCUAUGAAGAAGAACUAUGGGAAGAACAUUUUGAUGAGUGGGAGUCUGGUAAGGACUCCUCGUUUGAUCACUUGGUUAAGAGUAAUGCCAGUCAGCUGUGCGCAGUUGCUGCCAUGAGAACUAUAGAAAUGGCGCAGGUGCAGCACGCAAAAUACAUCAAGACCUACAAGUCCCUUGAGAAAACUGGCAGGAGUUACAAGAAGUUAAAACAGCAGUUAACUGCGAAGGAAACCAAAGUAGAAGUUAAGGACACGAAUCGGGAGCCUGAAUCCGAUUGGGAGAUACGUGAGCUCGAAAUGAAAAUCGGAGAACUGUAUCUUCAGAUCGAUAGUGAACGCGAGAGGAACGAAGAACUAGAAAGGAAAAUCGAAGAACUUAAUUCAUCGAUAAACAAGGAACGAAGGAGGUGCAAAAAAGUUAUCGAAACGCUGGCCAAUGAAGUAGAAAGGCUUACAAAUCUGGUUAAAGCACAGGGGCGUAAUGGACACCAUUUGAAUGGUUUUAAAAUGAACCAUGACAGACAGGAAUCCACCAAAAUGGGCUCAAAUAAUCAUAUGAAGACUUUUUCCAUAUCGAACAACAACGAACUUAAACAGUUUUGCGUGCUAUAGGAAGAACCCUUCCCGUCCUCGUCUCUGACACUUAUUACAAAUGCGAGAAUCAUUUUCAACAAUCAAACUGGCACGGAAAUCGCAACUUAGCCCCAUGAACAUAGGAAAGAAAUUCGUGACGAACCUAAAGAGAGAGUUUGCUUGAGAGAGUAGAGACCCAAAUGCUCUUAAAACUAUGGUCCCAUGAGAAUCCCCUCUAAUCCUACUAAAAUCUCCCAAAACUAAUCGGAUUAGCUGUUGCCGUGGUAGUCAAGUGUUAGCUUUUUAAUCGAUCAAUCAAUCAAUCAAUCAAUCGAUUAUUUACCCACGUAGUAUCUAGUGAUCUAGAAAGUUCGUUCACCAUACGUACGUGCUAUUAUGUGUUAUUUAUCACUGCAUAGGGCAAGGUGCUCUAGUCAAACGGUUUUGUUGCUUCCGAUCGACAAUCUUACACGUUAGGCUCUGCGUUACGUUUUGCGUAAAAGGUUUGAAACGAUACAUCGACGAAACAUUGCUUGGGUGCAAACUUAAAGUUGGUGAAUAAAUUCAUUCUGUUAAAAGUG